AUGAACGAUGGGGAAGAAGAUGAUGACCAGGAUCCCAUUUCCUCUAGCUUGCCGAUGCAACCUGAGAAGCUUUUCUUUAACCCAACCGAGUUUGGCAAAGCUUGCAAGAUAGUUACUAGGUAUUCUGUAACGAGUGUUGUUCAGAAGAUAGAGGCAAUGCCAGAAGAGGCAAAAUGGUUUAAAACACACCCUCAAUUCAGGCACAUAUUUCAUAUGCCCAAAGAGCGGAAUCACAUGAGUCAAGGUCUGUGGAUGCUCCUCCUCUAUACUGCUAAAACCGGGAAGGAAAGUGAGUGCUGGUUUGUUGUAAAUGGUGUUCCCAUCCGUUACUCAUUGAGAGAACAUGCACUCCUCUGUGGGUUAGACUGCCAUGAGUACCCUAGAAAGUAUAAGGAUUUGGGAUGUUGGAGCUUUGUUGAGAGACAGUUUGGAAGGAAGAAGGCAAUAACAGUUAAGGAUGUGGAAGAGAGGCUUGAGGCAAUGGAGACCUCAGAAGAUAAGAAAAAGAUGGCAGUACUCUUUUUCUUAAGCAAAGUUGUCAAAGCUGGAACUAAGGCGAAUGGUAACAUAGAGUCCUUUUUGCUUCGAGUUGUGAAUGAUCUAAGGCUGUGUAAGAAAUUUCCUUGGGGCGAUACACGUAUGAUAAUUGCAUCAAGGAGAUACAGCGUGUGA